AUGCUUUGGACAAAAGCCGUCAAUCGCAGAAACCCAAGAAAUCCAACAAAAAUAUGGGAACCCAAUACAGACUCAAGAAUCUGUUCCUCUCAUUUUGAGAAUGGUUUUCCUUCAGAGGAAAAUCCAAUUCCAACACUCCUUUUAGGGUAUGAGACCAUCAAAAAGAUAACACCUCGUAAGCCUCCAAAAACUAGGAUGAUUAUUCCAGAUUUAGAUUCACCUCAACCAAAAAAACAAAAACAAGACAGUCACAAAACUACAGUCAACAACAUUAUACAUCAACAUGACAUCGAAGCUGAAGCAGACAGCACUAUUGUCCAUCAUGAUCAUGUGUAUGUUGAUGUUGACAAAGGCUGCUCAUCAUGUUUAGACAAAGAUUCUCAGAUAAAAUAUCUGAAAAAACAAGUCCAAACUCUAAGUCAAGAACUGGUAAAAUUGAACAAUAUUUAUCAGGAAAAGGUGAAGAAGCCUUUUGGAUACAAUAGUAUCUUGAAUGACAAAGACAUGAAAUUUCAUACAGGAAUACCAACAAUUAAAGCUUUUGAUGCCAUCUUCAAUGUCAUAAAGCCCAGUAUAACACACAUGAAAUACUGGCAUAGUGGCACAUUUGUAAAGUUUGUCUGUAACCCUCUUAGGUACAAACGAAGCCCUAAAAAAACUAGUAGACGAUGUCUUACAUCCAAGGAUGAAAUGUUGAUGACCCUGAUGAAAAUACGAUUGGGUACACUGAAUCAGGAACUUGCAUUGAAAUUUGGGAUUUCAAAACAGACUGUUUCAAAUAUAUUUACUACUUGGACCAAACUGUUGGCCAAAUUUCUUGGAACUUUAGUGUUCAAUCCACCAAAAGAUGUUGUGAGGCAAAAUUUACCCCCCUCAUUUGAGAAUUUGACAUAUAAGUAUGUAAGGCACAUCAUUGAUUGCACAGAAAUAUUUCUGGAGACUCCACAAAAUCUUUCAGUACGAGCAAAUACAUGGAGUGAUUACAAACAUCACAACACUGCCAAGUACUUCAUUAGUAUCACCCCAGCAGGUAUGAUUAACUUUGUUUCAAAAGGAUGGGGUGGACGAACAAGUGAUAAGCAUAUUACUAACCAUUGUGGUUUUCUUGAUAUAAUAGAACCCUUUGACAAAGUUCUUGCUGAUCGUGGGUUUCCAAUCGCUGAAGACCUUGCACUUCUGCAAGCUGAACUACUUGUUCCCCCUGGUAGGCGUGGUACUGCACAGUUCACAAAAGAAGAAGUAAAGAAAACCAAACAAAUUGCAAAUCGUAGAAUUUACAUUGAGCAAGCCAUUAGGAGAAUGAAAUACUUUCGAAUAUUGAAGAAUGAACUACCAUUAACAUUGUUACAUCAUUUAGAUGAUGUUGUUUUGGUUGUAGCAGGUAUCUGUAAUCUGUAUCCUCCUUUACCAAGGUAUAGCAAAUAA